AUGGACACACCACCUAGCAUCCGUCAACAAUAUGCUGCACCUCCACAUGAGACACCAGCAGAGCGACGACGACGUCUUGUUAAUCGUCGGGCAGCAAAGUAUCGUCACUAUCGAUCGUUAAACGCUGCUCAGAAUGUAUCAGAUCCAGUGGUUGAAUUCCAGAGGCAACAAAAUAGUCGCAGACAGCGCGAACGCCGUUCGCUGUUGGACGACGAAGCGCGUGACCGCUUACGCGCGCAGAAUCAACGGCGUCAGCAGCUUAGAAGAAACAAUAUGAGUGAUGUAGAGAAGGCAGAGAUACGAGAGAAACAGCGUGCACGACAGAGACAGCGUCGACAGAAACUGGAUGAUGAUGCGCGCGAUGAGCUCCGGGAACGCGAACGCCUGCGUAUCACACGACGACGGCGACAUAUGAAGGCUUUGGAAAGGGAAAAACAGGCAAAAGAACCAGUUUUAUUGCUUCCAGCUCAGUUUUUACAGCCUGCAUUGACGGAGACAGAGAUGUUGCCGCACUUGAGACUCGCGCCGGAGCUGCCAACGUUGCGGCAGCAUCAGGAACAACAAAGACAGAGGGAGAUGCAGGGAAGGGCAUUUCCGUUUGUCGGAGGCUUGCAGAGUACACUGCCACCUCCACCGCCGGUGAUUGAGCGAGUAAGAGCAUUCCAGCACGAGAGGAUCCCGUCCCUGCCUCAUUUGCAGCAAGUGACGAGACCGGCGACUACGUCCUUGCUGCAUAUCACACCACCACCGAUUUUUACGAUCUCGGAAACGACUGGUGGUGGAUCAGGAAUUGCGGCGUCGACAGGGAUGCGAGCGGUUGCUAGUGCAGUGGUCGCGGCAACAAGACCACCGCCGCAACCGACACCGAUCAUACCCUCGCAACAAUCUAGAACACCUAUUGUUCUCCCACCUGCACACCGUUCGCUUCCUCCAUUGCCUGACUUUCUUAACAGUCGCGAAGCGUUCAAUCCCGCCGCCGCCGGCACUGCUACUGCUACUUCGACGCGCGUUUCACGGCCAUCAAGCAGUGCUACUAGAGCUCUGUUCUCAUCUAUUACCGACCUUCCUCCUGUGCACACCGAUGCAUCAGACGUCGAAUCGUUUUUCAACGAUGAGCAAAGUGUGGACACUAGAGAAGACGCGAUGGUCAAAAGCCAAGAAUAUGUCGGGUGGCAACGACAGCAACAUGAGAUGAAAAGCAGCUCGGGCCACGAUAGUGUUCAGGAAGUGGUAGAGGCCGCAGUAACGGAGACACUGGGGACUGCUCAGCGUGUCAAUGUCACUGGAGUCAGUCGCACGGAUGCAGGCACUCACGCACUCUAUCAAUUUGGGUUCAUCCGUCUCGACUCGGAGCUGCAAAUGUCGUUGACAGAGCUGAAAGAUCGAGUCAAUGACAAAUUAGGGGAUGGUCGAGUGGUGGUGCUGGACGUGACAAUUCCAGUCACGGGCCCCGCGCGGAUUCGGUCACGCUACAAAAAAUAUAUUUACUAUUUGCAGCAGGGAAACCGACCUGAUUUGGAACUAGGCAAGUACUCUUGGUUUCUUGGAAGAAGAUUAGACAUUCAGCGGAUUCGUGACGCGCUCAAGUUUUUGGAGGGCACGCAUGACUUCAGGCCGUUCUCGCAGGGAUUACUGAAGCACGAGUUGAAGGAUAUGAAAACAGUGCGUACAAUUAUGUCGACGAAAGUAGUUGUUCGACGGAACGUGAACUUUUCUCUCGAUCCUGAUGUGUGUGGUAGUGGUGAAAUCAUCGACACUGCAGACAUCUACCGAGACGCAAAAUAUGCCACGGAAACGCAUAAACCUGAUGACACAAUGAUAAUCACAGCAGGCGAGCUCAAGAAGUGGAAGGUCGGGCAAGCAGAUAUUGCACCUGUGCAUUUUGUUUGCAUUGAGCUUGUGGCCAACGGCUUUUUAAGGCACAUGGUACGGCGCAUUGUUGGAACGUUGCGACCAAUAGGUGAGGGCACCCAGCCACCUUCCCUACUGGAACAUGUGCUAGCAAGUGAAGUCCCACCUGGACCAUCCGCACCGGCAAAGGCUCUUUGGUUACAUCGUACGUGGCUCACGCAAGAUCAGUAUGACGCAGAUUCUGCAGCGGAAUAG